CAGAGGUCGCAAGUACAACACGUGUGUUGGUGGUUCACUGUUUUUACCAUGGAAAUAAUUAACAAGUUUAUUUACGCGUCGGAUUGAACUAACAGUUAUUGCGUUGAAUUUGAAUGAUAUUGCAACCAUGUCGCAAGCCAUGUCAGAUAGCAGUAGCGAUGAUGAGGUCUCACCAGCGAAAGCACAGCAACCUAAACGUACGAGGUAUGAGUGUCCAGAAGAUUUCACAUCAGCGUCGUACGCCCCAUGUGAAAGUGCAAAAGGACAGAGCGUAUUCGACGACAACAAGGAGCUGUGGCUCAUCAAGGCCCCAGUUAAUUUCGAUCCUCGGAGUCUCUCCGGCAAGAAGCUGCCUCUGGUGGGCCUGAAGACAGUUAAGACGGGCAAGGCCGGCGCUGCCCAGAAGAUCUUCAGUGUGCUGGGGGGACGCUCGACCUCCGCCAGCCUCCGGCUUCUCACCAGCGACCCCGGCAAGCCGGACGCCCACCUGUGUGCCCCCGCCUUCUCCGGUGUGCUCAACAUCUCCGAGACCUUUGGAGACUGCAGCUCCAACCAGGGCCCCAUCGCCGUCCCCGCCGCCCCAGCACCGCAGCUCCCCGCCGGGCUGCGACAGCGCUACUUCCCCUUUGGGAGCAGCAGACCCGCCACGGCCCCCGCGGAGGAGGAGGAGGAGGAGGAGGAGGAGGAGGAGGAGGAGGAGGAGCAGGCGAUGGUGGUGGCCGAGGAAGCGACUGUACCCAUCUGGCCGGUGAAGACGGAGCCGGACCACGAUCAGGACACGCCGCGGAAGAAGAAGAAGAAGAAGGAGAAGCGGAUAAAGGUGGAGCAGGAGGGAGCGGCCGUGGUGGUGGUGAAGGUGGAGCGGCCGGACGAGAGCGCGGCGGAGCAAGUGACGGAGGAGAGGAAAAAGAAGAAGAAAAAGAAGGAUAAAGAGAGAAAGAGAGUAAAGGUGGAGGAGGUGGAGGAGGAGGAGGAGGUGGUGGUGAUGGACCCUUGUGUAAGGGUCAAACAGGAGCCCAUGGACAGAGACGAAGUGGACUCUGAGUCUGUACAUAAAAAGAAGAAAAAGAAGAAAACUAAAACUGAAGCUGAUUAGAUUUUGUGCAUUUGUCUUGUGUUUUCUACGUGUUAUGGCCAUGCAUACACAUCUACUGUAUUCGACCGUGUUCUUAUGUGAAACACUAUGCACAUGUUGCAUUGAGAACGUGAAUGAUGUGGAAUAAUUAAAUAUUUUAGACCCAUU